AUGACCUGCUGUGGCUGCUCAGGAGGCUGUGGCUCCAGCUGUGCGGGCUGUGGCUGCUCAGGAGGCUGUGGCUCCAGCUGUGGGGGCUGUGGCUGCUCAGGAGGCUGUGGCUCCAGCUGUGGGGGCUGUGGCUCCAGCUGUGGAGGCUGUGGCUCCAGCUGUGGGGGCUGUGGCUCCUGCUGCUGCAAGCCUGUGUGCUGCUGUGUGCCUGUCUGUUCCUGCUCCAGCUGUGGAGGCUGCAAGGGAGGCUGUGGCUCCUGUGGGGGCUGUAGUUCCUGUGGAGGCUGCAAGGGAGGCUGUGGCUCCUGUGGGGGCUGUGGUUCCUGUGGAGGCUGCAAGGGAGGCUGUGGCUCCUGUGGGGGCUGUGGUUCCUGUGGAGGCUGCAAGGGAGGCUGUGGCUCCUGUGGGGGUUGUGGUUCCUGUGGAGGCUGCAAGGGAGGCUGUGGCUCCUGUGGGGGCUGUGGUUCCUGUGGAGGCUGCAAGGGAGGCUGUGGCUCCUGUGGGGGUUGUGGUUCCUGUGGAGGCUGCAAGGGAGGCUGUGGCUCCUGUGGGGGCUGUGGGUCCUGUGGGGGCUGCAAGGGAGGCUGUGGUUCCUGUGGAGGCUGCAAGGGAGGCUGUGGCUCCUGUGGAGGCUGCAAGGGAGGCUGUGGCUCCUGUGGGGGCUGUGGCUCCUGUGGGGGCUGCAAGGGAGGCUGUGGCUCCUGUGGGGGCUGCAAGGGAGGCUGUGGCUCCUGUGGGGGCUGUGGCUCCUGUGGAGGCUGUGGCUCCUGUGGAGGCUGCAAGGGAGGCUGCUGUCAGUCCAGCUGCUGCAAACCUUGCUGCUGUCAGUCCAGCUGCUGCAAACCUUGCUGUUCUUCCGGUUGUGGAUCAUCUUGCUGUCAGUCCAGCUGUUGUAAGCCCUGCUGCUGUGCCCUUGAGUGCUGCCAGUGCAAGAUAUGAGGCUCUACAUGGAGACGUAAAAGCCUUCAGCACCCACUUGUUUCUGAGGUGACCAUGGCCAUAGAUCAG